UUUCCAUAGCCUUUUUCCAUACGCCUCCUUCAUUCCCUCCCAUUUUCCAUCUUCCGAGCGGCUCAGACGGGUGCAGUCAUGGCCCGCGGCCAUCGCACCGACCAGAGCCUCUUGCAGGAACUACUGUUAUACGCUGCAAGCGCCGCUCUCAGUUACUUCGUCUUCUUCGCCGGUUCCAAAUUCUUGGACCCAGAUCGCGAUUCCUCCAAGAAGUCCCUUCAACGAAAGAAAGACCUCUCCAAGCGCCUCGGUCGCCCAAUUAUCCACACCACUUCAUACGAGGACAUGAUAAUUUCCGAUGUGGUGAAUCCGGACCAUAUAGACGUUGGGUUCGAAUUAGUUGGAGGAUUAGAUAGAAUCAAGGAGUCAUUGUAUGAAUUGGUGAUUCUUCCAUUGAGAAGACCGGAGCUUUUCGCUUAUGGGAAGAUUCUGAGCCCGCCAAGGGGGGUGCUGAUGUACGGGCCACCGGGAACUGGCAAGACAAUGCUCGCCAAGGCCAUUGCCAAGGAGUCUGGGGCUGUUUUCAUAAACGUGAGGCUUCCAAAGUUGAUGAGCAAAUGGUUCGGCGAUGCCCAAAAACUUGUGGCUGCUGUAUUCAGUUUGGCAUAUAAGCUCCAGCCUGCUAUUAUAUUCAUUGAUGAGGUUGACAGUUUUCUGGGGCAGCGUCGUGACUCAGACCAUCAGGCUGUGGCUAGCAUGAAAACGGAGUUCAUGUCUUUGUGGGAUGGGUUUACCACUGAUCAGAAUGCUCGAGUUAUGGUACUUGCCGCAACCAAUCGUCCAGCAGAUCUUGAUGAAGCAAUACUUAGACGUUUUUCUCACACUUUUGAGGUUGGAAGACCUGUCUGUAGUGACAGAGAGAAAAUACUGAAGGUGAUACUAAAGGACGAGAGACUUGAUGGCAAUAUCAAUUUUAACCACAUAGCUAGGUUGUGUGAGGGCUACACUGGUUCAGAUUUGCUUGAGCUCUGCAAGCAAGCAGCAUAUCUACCUGUGAGGGAUUUCUUAAAUGAUGAGAAGAAUGGGAAAACAUGUCAUCUACCAAGACCAUUGUCACAGUUGGACUUGGAGAAAGUUUUAGCUACUUCAAGGAAAACGUUCAUUACUGUAAAGGAGCAUGAUGGCCCUAGCUAUUUUUCACCAGUAUGAGUGGUAAGAUUAUCAGAUCCAAGUCGCAAUGAGCUCUCUGAGAUUUUUUAUGUCCUGACACCCGAGCUACUAACUUUGAUUUAGAUGUUAAAACUGUAAUAUAGCGUGACAUAUGUUAUCAGUCAUUUAGUCACUGUAUAAACUAAAAGAGCAUAAUAUCAAUGUCUUCAAUUUUCAAUUCUGGAGCAUCUUCCUUCCCUGUUUCUUGGCCUGGUGCUUACCUGUGUAUAGUUCUCAGACAUAUUGAAGAAAAAUGAUUUUUCUGC